CUUUUAAUUUCAAAACCGCGUUUUAACCAGACUUUUCCUUUCCUUUUUUUCCCGAUUUAAUGUUAAUUUUUUUUCCUUUUUUUUUUCGGUUUGACUCGUCAAUAUAAAUACAAUUGUAACAAACAGAUUUUGAUCAAAGAUCUUUUUUUUUCUCUCAAUUCCUUUGAACUUUCAAAAUCGAAGAUCUCUCGUAUCUCUUAAGCCAUGAACGAUCUUCUCUCCCGCUCGUUUAACCGCUCCGUCGCGGACGAUUCAUCGCCACCGCACUCACACAACAUCGAGAUGCCAAAAGCGAAAUUCUCCGGCGGAAGUUGCAAAGGUGGUAACAACCUCGACAAGUUCUAUCUCGACGUGGAGGUGGUGAACGAAGACCUUAAAGAGCUUGAUCGUCUCCGUCGCAAUCUCCAAUCGAGCCACGAACAGAGCAAGACGCUUCAUAACGCUAUGGCGGUGAAAGAGCUGAUGGAGAAGAUGGAAACUGACGUGACGGCGGCGCUCAAGACCGCGAGGCGCGUGCAAGGGAACCUCGAGGCUUUAGAUCGGGCUAAUGAAGUCAACCGGAGUUUACCGGAAAGUGGACCGGGUUCGUCGUCGGACCGCCAAAGGAUUUCGGUGGUUAACGGUUUGAGGAAGAAGCUAAAAGAUGACAUGGAAAAUUUUAAUCGAGUGAGAGAGACAAUCACGGAGGAGUACAAAGAGACGAUUGGGAGAAGGUACUUCACCGUCACCGGUGAAUAUCCCGACGAAGCUACCGUCGAUCGUCUCAUCUCCACAGGUGAAAGUGAAACAUUUUUGCAGAAAGCGAUACAAGAACAAGGUCGUGGUAGGAUUUUGGACACUAUCAACGAGAUACAAGAGAGGCACGACGCAGUUAAAGACAUUGAGAAGAGCUUGAAUGAGUUGCACCAAGUGUUUCUUGAUAUGGCUGUGUUGGUUGAGCAUCAGGGUGCACAGCUUGACGACAUUGAAGGCAACGUCAAACGAGCUAACUCGCUUGUUCGGUCUGGUGCCGACCGGCUUGUUAAGGCACGGUUUUAUCAGAAGAACACACGGAAGUGGACUUGCUUCGCCAUUUUGCUAUUGCUCAUUAUUGUGGUUUUAGUUGUGUUGUUCACUGUUAAGCCUUGGGAGAGUAAUGGUGGUGGAGGUGGAGGUUCCCCCCGUCAAGCUACUCCGGUUCAAGCUCAGUCACCGCCACCUCCGACUGUGAACCGCCGGCUACUUCGCUAAAUCUUUUUUUUUUUUGAGGUUCCCUUGGUCUAUGCAUGAGCAUAUCUAUGUUUUGGAAAUUGUUUUUUUUUUUAAUUUUUAUCUUUAAUCUUUUUGUAAUGUUUUGGUUGGUUAAACUCUGUGUAUAUAUAAUGCGAGCAUCACAUUUAUUUGUUUCAUUACGAAACGCAAGAACGAAA